CCGGGUAUUUCCAAUAUGGCCGCAUCCACUAGGCACCUCAAGUAAAACUACUGAACAGUUACAGUGCAAGUUUUCUAAAUUUAUAGAGAAAAUUGAAAUAACGUCUCAAAUGUUGAGAUAUGUUGUCUCCAGGAUCCCUGAUUAGCCAGGAAUGGUACACGUCUACUACUGGUAAAGGGGUCUUAUCAUCUCUUCUGACUCGUAACCUACUCAAAAGGAAACCAUUUGGUAUUUUAGACAAGCCUGUUUUACCUGCCAAUGUUACAGCAGAUGAAGUGAAGUACAAGAUUCUGAUGGUAGGGAAAAGUGGGGUCGGAAAAACAAGCACAAUAGCAAAACUCUCAGGGAACGAGAUUCCAACAUCUCACAGUGAGACUCCAGGAAUCCACAUCACUAGCACUCAAUGGCCUGGGCUGGUGAGACAGAUGAACAAGGUGAUUAUGUUUCACCUCCAGUUCUGGGAUGUAGGUGAUGGAGCCAUGAAGAAGUAUGAACACAUCAAAUCAACUUGGGAGAAUCAAGCAGAUUGUGCAAUAUUCCUCUUUAGCUUUGUGGAUCGAGGAAGCUUUGAAGAGAUCUCUCAACACAUAACCAGAAUGACCAAACCAAGAAAUAACUUUGCAAAGCUUGUUAUUGGUGCCAAAUUUGAUCAGCAUGCCCACAGUGAGGUCACCCAGAGGGACAUCAGAGACUUUGAACACACAUGGAAAAUCCCUGUUCUAAAGAUCAGAAAUGUUCCAGACACGGAAACAAAAAACGAUAUGCAUGAAAUCUCUCAGAUACUGACCACUAUCAGUGAGCAUUUGUGGCAUCGUGAUAUUCUGAUGGCCGGUAGAUCUGUACCAGUUAAUGAUGGGAAAAUUUCAUCAUGCUGAGAUUGGCUUUGUUGGGUUUUUUUCUCUCUCUCAACAUUGAAUCAAAAAUUUAUUUACCAUUAUGUUUUCAUUAUGUAUACUUGUAUGACAUGGCUGUAUAUUUUCUAAAUAAAUUUUUGAUGCAAUUUU